AUAAUGGCGUCCGACGGUACCGCUGGCGAGCAGUACUCAGCGCGCAGCGCCCCAGUGAAGUUCGUGGCAGCGCACAAAGAACCCAGCCGAAGUACAUGAAAAAGAACUCCAGGCGGAAGGAAAGCACAACAAGCUCCAGAGAACGGGCCCCAAAUACACAAUAAAGAAAACAAAUUGCAACCACAACAAAAGGAUACUUUGCCAGCCGAGCAACUUGAUCCUGGGCACCCAACUCGCGUGCCCAAUUCUGAAAUAAAGCACAGGGUGUGCAGUGGAGCGCGUCCUUUCCUUUCGUCAGCACAUCGGUAUCCUGCCAACGGGAAAAAAAAGCCCAAAAGGACGCCCCACGCACUCAUCGUUUGUACGGGCUGCCAGAGUUGCCCCAUCGCCGCCAGGAGUCGGGAGCCAGGAGAAACCCGCAGGACCAAGGCGUCCACUCUGAAUUCCAUGGCAGCAGCCACAUGGAGCUGGCUGUUGGCCCCAUUCCUGCUCCUCCACUGGGCCAGUGCAGGAGCGGGCGGCGGAGCAGGCGGAUCGGGAGCGGGACUGAGCGGCCCCUCCGUCUUCACCAGCUCCUUCCUGGUGCGCUUCCGGCGCGGAGUGGACAACGCGUUUGCCCAUGAUGUGGCCGACAAGUACGGCUUCGACAACCUAGGCCCGCUGGUCGGCGCCGAUGGACACGAGUAUCACUUCAAGCACCGGACCCUUCCACAUGCCCGCUCCAGGCGGAGUCUGACGCACACACGGGCCCUCAAGAGCCAUCCGGCGGUGCAUACGGCCGUGCAACAGCCGGGAUUCAAGCGGGUUAAGCGGGGCCUGCGACCGGCGGUGCCCGCCAUCCACGGCAUGAAGUUCGACCUGAAAGUGGGCGAGGCCAAUCGGAUUGACGAGGAGCCCACUGACCCCUACUUUCCCAUGCAGUGGUACCUCAAGAACACGGGCCAGAAUGGCGGCAAAGUCAGGCUGGAUCUGAAUGUGCAGGCUGCCUGGGCCCAGGGGAUCACCGGGAAGAAUGUUACGACGGCCAUCAUGGAUGAUGGCGUGGACUACAUGCAUCCGGAUCUGAAAUUCAAUUAUAACGCCGAGGCCAGUUAUGACUUCAGCAGUAACGAUCCCUUUCCAUAUCCCCGAUACACCGACGACUGGUUCAACAGCCAUGGAACUCGUUGUGCCGGCGAAGUGGCUGCUGCCAGAAAUAAUGGAAUUUGCGGCGUUGGCGUUGCUUAUGACAGCAAAAUCGCAGGCAUUCGCAUGCUGGAUCAGCCGUACAUGACGGACCUAAUCGAGGCCAACUCCAUGGGCCACGAGCCGCACAAAAUCCACAUCUACAGCGCCUCCUGGGGUCCCACCGACGAUGGCAAGACCGUGGAUGGUCCCCGGAAUGCCACCAUGCGAGCGAUAGUCCAGGGCGUCAAUGAGGGACGAAAUGGCCUGGGCAACAUCUAUGUUUGGGCAUCCGGCGACGGCGGCGAGGAAGAUGACUGCAACUGCGACGGCUACGCCGCCUCCAUGUGGACCAUUUCCAUUAACAGUGCCAUUAACGACGGCCAGAACGCCCACUACGACGAGAGCUGCAGCUCCACGCUGGCGUCCACAUUCAGCAACGGAGCCAAGGACCCCAACACGGGCGUUGCCACCACCGACCUCUAUGGCAAGUGCACGACCACCCACUCGGGCACCAGUGCGGCGGCGCCCGAAGCAGCGGGCGUCUUUGCCCUGGCCUUGGAGGCCAAUCCGCAGCUGACUUGGCGGGACAUACAGCAUCUCACGGUGCUGACAUCGAAGCGCAACUCGCUGUUCGAUGCCAAGAACCGAUUCCACUGGACAAUGAACGGCGUGGGCCUGGAGUUCAACCACCUAUUCGGGUUCGGAGUGCUGGACGCCGGCGCCAUGGUCACACUAUCCAAGCAGUGGCAUGCAGUGCCGCCGCGCUAUCACUGCGAGGCGGGCGAGCUAACCCAGCCACAGGCCAUUAUUAUGGGCCGUUCGCUGUUCUGGGAGAUCAAAACCGAUGCUUGCAAGGGCACCGACACGGAGGUCAACUAUUUGGAACAUGUGCAGGCGGUGAUCUCGGCAAAUGCCUCACGUCGCGGGGAUCUUGAGCUCUUCCUUACAUCGCCAAUGGGCACCAAAUCCAUGAUCCUGUCGAGGCGCGCCAACGAUGAUGACCACCGCGAUGGCUUCACCAAAUGGCCCUUCAUGACCACUCACUCGUGGGGCGAGUAUCCGCAGGGGACCUGGAAACUGGAGGCUCGCUUCAAUUCGCCCCAAACCCGACACGGCAAUCUGCUGGAAUGGUCCUUGGUCCUGCAUGGCACCAAGGAGGCGCCCUACCGCACCCUGCACCCCUCGUCGCCGCACUCCAAGCUGGCCAUUGUGAAGAAGGCGCACGAGGACAAGAAGAUGAAGUAGGGCGGGUCGCGCAGAGGGUCAGAGGUCAGGUCCAUAUAAACAUCCGCGUAGCGACGUCCAUUAGGCAGCUUGGCGUUUUAUCAACGAGUUUAGUGUGAGGUUCAAUAAAAGUGCUGGCUGUGUUUUAUUUUGGAAUAGGAUUGAUUCACAUUAAACAUUUGAGUUUGAUUGUGUUUUUCCUUUGUGUAACUUCUAAUACUUGUCCUUUGUGUUGGAUCUGUAGAACUGAGACUUCAUUUAAGCAAGGAAUGUACUCUAUCAUUUCCGUUUGUGUAAUUAGUUGUCUUAUUUGGUGAGCUAAGCGCCCAGGGUGCCAUAAAAUCACUUCAUUCGCUGUUUAACUAUUUCUGGAAAUUGCAAAAGCGCACAUUUACCACAGUAGAACAGAUUUAACAAAAUUCUGCACUCAACACCAUAAUCCGUUGAGUGUCCUAGCAAACUCUGUAGUCGAUAUCAAAGGCAGCCACAAAAUAAGAACAUAGAAAACAGGUAUAGCAGAUAUAUGUGAAUGCGUAGCAGGACUAGGAGGUGGGGAAUAGAGAUAUAUAAUAAAACUAGAACAAAGAAAACAGGAUAAACCAUAUGUAAAUGUGUAAUAUCUAUAUGUAUGCAUACCCUAUCUUUAACUGCAUCCUAUGCUGUAGACUUAUAACUCUUUCUAGUAUAAAAUACAAACUAAACAAAGUA